GUCUGUAGAUGAAUUUAGAGGUCACACUGUUCUUUGCCAGUGAUUUCCAGCAAGUCCAUCAAAACUUUAUGGUGUUUAGGCUAUAAGAGCCUCAUUAAAUACAUAAAAAUAUAUAUUUGACUCAUCUUCGUCAUCGCCAACGGUGUAACGCAUACGUCGCUCAUUUUCCCCCGUUUUUUUACCAAUAUUGACGAUGGUAUCGCUUUCUUUACAUGCGUUACUUUCGCUUGAUUUACAUAAGAAUUCCAAAAGUAUAAUACAUUCGUAUUGAUGACCGACUCGUCAAUGGUUGUACAACUGAAUAUUCCAAAGAUUUAUCUCGAAAAGCUCUCUAUUGGUCAAGGAUACUUGCAAAUAUUGGUAAAAAUAAGUAAUUCCUUCCAAAAAUGAUUGGAAACUGUGUCAGACGUUGUUUGAGCUUGGGUAAAGCAAGCAGAAUGUGCAGUACUGGAGCAAAAGAGUUGCAAUUGCAAGCAUUGAAUGAGAAAUGCUUCUUGGUGACACCAGAGGAUAAAAUCAUUGGGACUGCAAGCAAGAAGGAAUGUCAUUUGGUGCAGAAAGAUGGAAAUAUACCUUUGCAUAGGGCAUUCAGUGUGUUUUUAUUCAAUACACAAGGACAACUGUUACUUCAGAAGAGAACACCAGAGAAAAUAACUUAUCCUAGUCAUUUUACAAAUUCCUGCUGCAGUCACCCAAUUGCCGACGUACCUGGCGAAGAUGAAGAAGAAAAUAACAUGGGAAUAUUGCGAGCGGCGCAAAGAAGACUUAAUUAUGAGCUUGGAAUCUCAGUUGAUCAAAUACCCAUACAAAACUUUAAUUACCUGACGCGAAUUCAUUACAAAGACCCUGGAAACGGUCUUUGGGGCGAGCAUGAAAUUGACUAUGUUCUAUUUCUGCAAGCGGAUGUUAAAAUGGUGCCGAAUCCAAGCGAAAUUUCGCAAAUUAGUUUUGUCCCAAGAGACAGUAUCGAUGAACAUGUAAAGGUCCUGGAACCAUUAACACCUUGGUUUAGGUUGAUAUACCAAACACGUUUGAAAUUAUGGUGGGACAACUUGGACAACCUUGAGAAAUUUAAAGAUCAUGAGAAUAUAUUAAAGUUGUGAAGUAAAUUAUACAAGAAAACAAGUAUUAUAUUUAAUUUUACUUAUUAAUUCAUCACCAGGGAGUUAAAGUUAAAUGUUGGAUGUGUUUUAUAGCAAAUAAAAGUUUAAUUCACCAACUA